GCUUUGUGAACAUGACUGAGGUACAAAAUGUACUCCGUCAGUGUUUCCAUUGCGACGCCAAGUUUGAUAAAGAUGGGGACUUUUUGGAUCACAUAUACAGUUUCGACUGCAAAUCAGUAUGUGACAAACUUGCUCCUCAAAAUAGCCCAAAGGGCUCUACAGGAUCCUCGAUAGCUUUAAAUUCUCGGGAAGAAGCUGUGCACGAACCGCAUAUUGCACUAAAGAUGGAGGAUCAGGCCUGCUCGUCUGAUAAAGGACUAGCUUGUGCCUUAUGCGAUUUACAAUUCCGUUCUAAUUAUGAGCUUUAUGAACAUUCCAGAUCCCCUUCGCAUCGGCAAAAGGUUUCCUCGGCCGCUAACCGAUAUAAUGCCGUCACAAAUACAAAGAGAGGACCGCCUUCCAAAAGCACACCAGCAUUCACCCCCAUGUCUCGUUUGUAUUGUGAACAAUGUCAAGUUCCCUUACCUUGUGCAGCCGCUAUGGAGGCACAUCUAGUUGGGAAGAAACACCAAAAGACUGUUGCCAAGUUAAAUGAAAAAAGUAAUCUGACUGACCUGAACAACGGUAGUAUUGUCAUGCCACCUACUCCUGCAGCCCCAGCUGUCCAACAACCAAGUUUGACCCAAUCUUCCGUGGCCCGGCCCGAAAGUGAGCCUCAAAACCCGACCCGUUCUCAUACCACUGGAAAGUGCUCUGAGUCUGUUGAUGUUUCAAGUAUUCAGAGUAAUGGACAACUGAUUAACUCGGAAGCACCAAAUUCAUCACACGCUUCUCUCUCUUCCUCCGAUACCGAUUUGUGCGAAUUGAACUCACUCUUGCGUCGGCUUUGUUAUCUAGAACUGUUGGCACUAAUACACAGAUUGAACGGUUCACCAUCACUUCCUGCUGAUAUCAACUUUUCGAACGACGAAUCAAUCCCCACUGGAAUCAACAGUGUUGGGCUGCUGGACCUCUUUCGCGCCAUUUGUCGUGAGGAACUUUAUCGCAUCCUUCCAUCCGAUUUGCUCCGGUGCUCCACCUCGGGUGCCUCACUCCUGGAACACACUCGUUAGGCGCGUCCACUCUGUAUGGAUCAGUACUACAAAUUUUCGAAAUCACCGCUUUCAGCAUAUCUCAUUUUGUAUGUCAAGUUACUUCGCCUUUUCACUAUUCGGCAACAUAUGUCCUCUUUAUGGACAUUACAUAUGAAUUCCAUCCUUUCUGCUUACGCAAUCUAGAUUGGUCUCAUGCAAUUAUAUAGUCUUCGUUUAGCAUCACCUGAUUUCGUCUGUGAUUGCUAACUGUCUGAACACAGUCGCGUACCCAGGGCUGUUCGGGCGAAUUGCAUUCCUAACCGUCCACUCGGUGCCUAUGGUGAGAUAACAGAUUGUUACUUGUCUGGUGAUGAAAAUCCUGCAUCUAUGGUUACCAUUAUUUUUAUUU